AUGGCAGAAAUCCAUAUUUUCAUCAUUUUGUCACUGAUGUUUGUUCUACGAAUCUCGUCCAAAGAUUGCAAAACUCAAUCGUGCUUAACUAAUCUGUACAAUUCCAAAGUAAUCUUUGCAGAUUAUUAUGUAAGACCCUUGAGUGGAUCGUUAAUUUCCGGAAGCUUGGGAUCAUCUACCGGAGGCAGCGGAUCGGUUUUGGGGAAGAAGCGAAGCUUUGACUAUUUUCCCCGCCACGCAGGAAUUGUCGUUACCCUGGAAAACUGGGAACGAUGGUUGAUUCACAAAGGGUCGAAUUACGGUGAUGCGUCCGACACAGUCAUUACAGAUGCUGAUUACACGAGUUCAAGUUGGAGUAUGAUCAAGUAUUCCCAGUGGCUCUUUAACUGUGGAUACACCGUGAACACGUUCAUACAGAAUGCCCUCAUACUGGAACCCUACAACCUGAUUGGGGCCAACUGCCAGAAAGCAGCAAACAGAAUGUGGGAACUGGUGGAGAGAUUUUAA